UCGCUGAGGCCAGCUGAAGGGAGACCGGGAAGGGGAAUCUGAGCGGUGCAGCGGGAAGCUUGCAGCAGGCAGGAGCACAGGGAAGCCAUGGGCUUCACGACCGGUUUCUGGGAAGAACUUCCAACAUUCGUGAAGAUUUAAAGACACCUAACUCCCAAGUGCGGGCGACCUAAAGAGCUUGGAGUUUUAAGCAUUACCUUCACACUCGUUUAUCAAUCAAGCUGUCGUCCAUCCUGAGCCUCCGUUUCUCUGUGGAAGACAUGUCGGAGGCAAGACUCAUGGCCAGAGACCUCAUCAAGACUGUCUUGCAUGACCAGGUCCCCCGACCUCCAGUGGCUCCUGGGGCUCCCAGCAUGAAGGAGCCUGUGGAGGAAGAAAAUAUUAGUCCUGUGAGAGACUUGGACCUUGCCGAGUGCCUGGAGGACAGAAACCAGGUGGCCCUGAGGCUGGCCUACAUCGGUGAUGAGAUGGACCUGUGUCUGCGGGGCCCCCGUCUGGCCCAGCUGCCUGGGAUUGCCAUGCACAGACUCGCUGUCACCUACAGCCAGACGGGGGUCAGGGGCGUUUUCAGGAGCCUGAUGCGUGGCCUCACCAACCUCAGGGAAAACAUUUGGUCCUGGAGAGUCCCGACUCCUGGCACCUGGGUGUUACCUGACCAGGCCCGAGGACAGCUGUUUCCCAUGGUGCUGUUGGUUCUCUUGCUGCUGGGCGGCGAGGCCUUGCGUUUGCAGCUUCAGUGAAGCCCAGCGGGGCCAGGGCCGGUCCCUGCCCCUCAACCACCCCCUAGAGGUGCCGGCACCCUGACUGUGGUGUUUUCUGACAGCCCCCCCCCCCUUUUUUUUUUAAUAUUUAACUCAGGAUAGUGCUGAGAUUUCAUACAGGUUUUCUGGGUUUUUGUAAGGCAAAUGAAUUCACUCUACCUCAGGGGCAUUACUGGCUACAUGCCCCUGAGGCCUGGCUGGCCCCUCUCUUGACCCCUGCCUGCUUCCUCUCUGCAGGCUGGUCCUGUGGCCACCAGGGCGGGGGAGUGCUGGCCACACCCCUGUUGGUGAAGCCUUGAGGCACAGAAUCUACUGGACUAGAUUCCUUGAGGUGGAGAGUUCAAUAAAGUGUUGUUUCCA